AUGUCCGGGCCGUCAAGCGGCGUCAAUCGCUUUCCGGCCGCCGCCGCUUUUGGCGCCGCACCUGCCGACGCGGCGGCGUUCCUCGAGCUCACCAACCAGUUCACCAGCAGCAUCGCUGCGGCCACGGACUUCGCCUACGACGCCUUCGGCAUCGUCCCGGCCGGAUUCCGGCACCACCACCACCACCACCAGCCGCCGCCGGCGCACCACACGUCCGGCUUCGGCUACUUCUCCGCCGCCGAAGAAGCGGGCUACGCCGCCUCCCUAGCCUGGGACCACCACCAGCAGACACUAGCGGCGUACCAGCAGCAAGCCGGCGGCUUCGCCACACCUACCUCCGCGGAUUUCGCGCCCUUCUCGCUCCAGAGUCCCAGGGGGAUAUCCGCCAUGGGCGUCCAGCAGCAGCAGCAGCAGCAGCGCUUGAACCAUCCCUCCUCCAGGAUCGGCGGCGCAGCCAAGUCCGGCGGCAAAACGCGGCGCAGGGUGGCCACCGUGGCCCAGCGCCGCGCAGCCAACAUCCGCGAGCGGCGUCGCAUGUUCAACCUCAACUCGGCCUUUGACAAGUUGAGGAAGAAGGUCCCCACCUUCGCCUACGAGAAGAGGUUGUCCAGGAUAGAGACCCUACGCCUGGCCAUCAUGUACAUCGCCUUCAUGACCGAGGUCAUCCGCGGCGGCAAGGGCCCCGACCACCACGACAUGCCCCUGGUGCCUCCGGGCGCCUACACCGCCGGAUCCGACUUGUGGACGCCGCCACACGGAAACUCGGUGCUCAACGAUGCACAGAGGCCAGACAGGUUGUCCCACAUCUGUUCCAGGCAGGUCUAGGGAGUGAAUCUCUAAACGCGCUGCAUUCGUUCGAAUCCGUGCAAGAAGCAAUCCCUUCGUCGUUGCGAGCCGUGGUGGGACUGGUUGAAGGAAAUCCCUGAAAAAUCGGUUCAAGUGAGAGUUUCAGCGAAGAUUUUCUUCUUUCAUCAGUAGCAAUACGAGGUUCUGAGUGAAGCUGAAGUUUCAUCUUGGAAACAUUUUAUUAUUGUUUUGUACUGUUAUCGUGUCAAAAAAGAGAUGAGGUUGUCCAGGGUAGAGACCCUACUCCUGGCCAUCAUGUAAAUCGCCUUCAUGACCGAGGUAAUCAGCGGCGGCAAGGGCCCCGACCACCAUGACAUGCCUCUGGUGCUUACACCACAGGAUCCGACUUGUGGACCCCACCACACGGAAACUCAGUGCUCAACGAUGCACAGAGGCCAGACAGGUUGU